GGCUGCAAAAAGUCAAAAGUACAACUCAGACUCCUAGAAUAUCCUCGUUGUCUGGUUUCCACAACAUUACGAUUCAGAUUCACUCUUUUUUUCUUUUCUAAAAAAGGACUCUCAUCCUCAUUCAUCCAUCCUUCGUUAGACAUCCAUGGCUUCGCUCAAGUUCAGCCACAGCAACGGCAACCCGUUUGCUGUCACUCGCCAUGUUACUCCCAGGUCGACUCGGCCCACUCGGAUAGGAUUUAAGAUUUUUGCUUCUGAUAAUCAUUCUGAACCUGAUUUGAGUGUUUGCGUGAACGGGCUGCAAAUGCCCAACCCUUUUGUAAUCGGGUCGGGUCCUCCCGGUACAAAUUAUACUGUGAUGAAGAGAGCGUUUGAUGAAGGCUGGGGCGCUGUGAUUGCCAAAACUGUGUCGCUAGAUGCUGCCAAGGUUAUCAACGUAACUCCAAGGUAUGCCCGGCUACGAGCAGGAGCUAACGGCUCUGCCAAAGGACAGAUAAUUGGGUGGGAGAACAUUGAAUUAAUCAGUGACCGCCCUCUUGAAACUAUGUUAAAAGAAUUUAAGCAACUGAAAAAAGAGUAUCCAGACAGGAUCCUGAUUGCCUCCAUUAUGGAGGAAUAUAACAAAGCUGGCUGGGAAGAACUUAUUGAUCGAGUAGAGCAAACUGGGAUUGAUGCCAUUGAAGUUAAUUUCUCAUGCCCUCAUGGCAUGCCUGAGCGUAAAAUGGGUGCAGCAGUUGGGCAAGAUUGUGCACUAUUGGAGGAAGUUUGUGGAUGGAUAAAUGCAAAAGCUACUGUUCCUGUAUGGGCGAAGAUGACUCCUAACAUCACCGACAUCACAAUGCCAGCAAGGGUGGCUUUGAGUUCAGGUUGUGAGGGGGUAGCUGCUAUAAAUACUAUCAUGAGUGUGAUGGGAAUCAGUCUUGAUACUUUACGGCCGGAGCCCUGUGUUGAGGGCUACUCAACUCCUGGGGGUUAUUCUUGCAAAGCAGUCCAUCCUAUUGCACUUGCUAAAGUGAUGAGCAUUGCAAAAAUGAUGAAGUCAGAGUUUAAUGACAAGGAUUACUCACUUUCGGGCAUUGGGGUGUUGAGACGGGGUGAUGCUGCUGAGUUUAUUCUUCUUGGUGCAAAUACUGUCCAGGUCUGUACUGGUGUUAUGAUGCAUGGCUAUGGCCUUGUGAAGAAACUCUGUGAAGAGCUCAAGGAUUUUAUGAAGAAGCACAAUUUCAAAUCAAUAGAAGAUUUCAGAGGGGUUUCCCUUCAGUAUUUUACGACUCAUACGGAUUUAGUGCGGAGGCAGCAAGAAGCAAUACGAGAGAGGAAAGCUAUCAAGAAAGGUUUGCAGUCGGACAAGGAAUGGACCGGAGAUGGCUUCGUGAAAGAGACUGAGAGCAUGGUUUCCAAUUAAUUGCAGUACCAAAGUAAGGCUUCUCCAGCGAAUAGUGAAAACAGAUGGUUUUUAGUUAUGUUUGGUUGCAUUGUAGAAAUGGUUAAUCAUCUGAAUGAUUGAAGGUGCCGAUGUAAAAACUAAGGUUAUUUAAUAAAGGAAGUGCAUAAUGAUUUUGAAUAA